AUGAACUUUGAUGAAAUUAUCCGUCUUAUUGGAGGCUUUGGGAAGUUCCAGAAGAUCUUGUAUGUAUGGAUCUGUCUACCUCAGAUCUUUCUGGCUUUCCACAUGCUGGUCUCUGUCUUCACUGGGGCUGUUCCUCCGCAUUUGUGUCGCUCCUCGUGGCCCACGGCGGGCGCUCCGGCCUCUUCAGAUUUCAACAUCAGCCAUCUGUCCGUCCUCGAGGGCCGGCCUGAGCUGUCCUGCACGGUUCCCUUGAACCACAGCGGGGCUGUAGCUCAUGGCGAUGGACACCCUGCUGGGAGAUGCCAGAGAGGCUGGGAGUACAGCACAGAGACCUUCCAAAGCACCACAGUUACAGAGUGGGACCUGGUUUGUGACAGUGCCAACCUGAACAUCAUGGGCUCCUCCAUAUACAUGUUGGGCCUCCUAGUUGGAGCUGUUUUGUUUGGAAGCUUGGCUGAUAAGUAUGGUCGCAGGAUCAUCAUUCUUGUUAACCUGGCUAUCCAGGCCGUCUUUGGGGUCGGUGCUGCCUUCGCCCCUAAUUUCUAUGUCUACGUCGCCCUUCGCUUUAUGGUUGGAACAUCUGUCUCUGGUGUCAUCAUGAAUGCCUUUGUCCUAGGGACAGAAUGGACAGGCUCUAAGCAGCGGAUGUUGGCUGGUAUAAUCACUGACUACUCCUUUGGCGUCGGCUACAUUUCGCUGGCUGGUAUUGCGUACCUCAUAAGAGACUGGCGUAAACUGCAGCUAGCAAUCUCCGCACCUGGUUUUCUCUUCAUCUUUUACAUUUGGGUGUUGCCAAAGUCAGCCCGCUGGUUAAUGGCCAAUGACAAAAAAGAGGAAGCAUGGGAACUGAUCCAAAAAGCAGCGCAGAUGAACGGGAAGCCCCUCACCAAAGAUUUGGAGAUGUGUCAGGUCUAUGAAAUUAAAGAGAAAACUGAGGGGAAGAAAAAUCACUCCUUCAUAGACCUCGUUCGAACCCCAAAAAUGAGGAAGCAGUCUUUGAUAGUGUUUUAUCUCUGGUUCGCCAACGUGCUCGUUUACUACGGCCUGUCUCUCAACAUUUCUGACUUUGGAAUGAAUAUCUAUCUGACGCAGAUGAUCUUUGGCCUGGUAGAGAUGCCUGCGCGCACCAUCAUCCUGUUCACCCUCAACCGCUCCCGCAAGUUCACCCAGAUAACGUUCCUGGCAGUAGGUGGCACGGCCUGCCUGCUGACCAUCUUCAUCCCCAGUGAGCUGUCCGUCAUUAAAACCGUGCUGGCCAUGAUUGGGAAGUUCGGGAUCACAGCCUCUCUUUCUGUUAUUUACGUCUACUCAGCCGAGGUGUUCCCUACUGUUAUCAGACAGAGUGGGAUCGGUAUGGGCUCCAUGUGUGCUCGCCUUGGAGGAGUCCUGGCUCCCAUGAUAUACCUUCUCAGGACGAUCAGUCCGCAGGCUCCCAUGGUGCUGUGUGGCCUCUGCCCUCUGCUUGGCUCCGCCCUCACCCUGCUGCUUCCCGAGACAGCCAACAAACCCCUGCCGGACACCGUCGAAGACGUAGAGGGAUCCAACCUCAGGUUUGACAACGCCACGUUUAGACCGUUGUUUCUAGUCUCGCAGCUCUGCUUAAACUGUCUGUAGCAGGCAGCAUUUAAAUAUCCCAAGGUUUGAGAUAUGCAGUAUGUACUAAUGGAUCUGUAUCACCUAAUGGCACCGUGGCUACGUCUGGGGCUUAGCACCGCCCAAGACGAUUGUGAUUGGUUUAAAGAAAUGCCGAUAAACCAGAGCAUGUUUUUCUCCCAUCCCAGAAUGCUGUGUGGACUAGCCAAACCCUCCACCGCAAUGCUGUGGAGGAAGGUCUGUCCAUGCGAGACUCGCGUUGGCGUCGAGGCUGAGUUAUUUCACCUGUUUAAAAGAAGUGGAAUUUGAAGACUCAGUGCCAGACUGUUUUGUUGUUCUACAGCUGUACUCAAGCUCCCAGCUGAUUGUACAUAAUUUGUUUC